CAGCGGUGGGAGGCAGGCCGGCAGGCAGACGGGCUCGCAGGCGGGUGGCGACGGCCGUGCUAGCUGCAGAGGGCGGGAGCGAGUGAGUCACUGUGCGCGUGUGAGGGAGGGAAGGAGCGAGGGAGCGAGCAGCCCGCGCCCGCCGCCCUCCCGCAGCUCCCGGCAGCCCACUCCCACCCCCCGCCACCGCCUGCCCUCCGCCCAGCGCCCAGGCCGGGCCGAGCCGAGCCGGGUCGGACCCGGGCCAUGCUGCUCACCGUGUACUGUGUGCGGAGGGACCUCUCCGAGGUGACCUUUUCCCUCCAGGUCGACGCCGACUUCGAGCUGCAUAACUUCCGCGCGCUGUGCGAGCUGGAGUCCGGCAUCCCCGCCGCCGAGAGCCAGAUUGUCUAUGCAGAAAGACCUCUCACUGACAACCACAGAUCCCUGGCUUCUUACGGCUUGAAAGAUGGCGAUGUUGUGAUUUUACGGCAGAAGGAGAAUGCAGACCCUCGCCCUCCAGUGCAGUUCUCAAACUUGCCCCGGAUUGACUUCAGUAGUAUAGCUGUGCCUGGUACAUCAAACCCCCAACAGCGCCAGCUGCCUAGAGCGCAGGCUCAGCACUCAUCUCCUGGGGAAACAGCAUCAUCUCCUCAAGGCUUAGACAAUCCAGCCCUGCUCCGAGACAUGCUGCUGGCCAACCCGCACGAGCUGUCCUUACUGAAGGAGCGUAACCCACCCCUGGCAGAAGCUCUACUCAGUGGAGAUCUUGAGAAAUUUUCUAGGGUCCUGAUAGAGCAGCAGCAGGACCGAGCUCGGAGAGAACAAGAAAGAAUUCGUCUGUUUUCUGCUGACCCCUUUGAUCUUGAAGCUCAGGCAAAGAUAGAAGAAGAUAUAAGGCAGCAGAACAUCGAGGAGAACAUGACGAUAGCUAUGGAGGAGGCCCCGGAGAGCUUCGGCCAGGUCGCCAUGCUCUACAUCAACUGCAGAGUGAACGGGCACCCUGUGAAAGCCUUCGUCGACUCAGGUGCCCAGAUGACUAUUAUGAGCCAGGCUUGUGCAGAAAGGUGUAACAUCAUGAGACUGGUGGACCGUCGGUGGGCUGGCAUAGCCAAAGGCGUAGGCACACAGAAGAUUAUUGGAAGGGUGCAUCUAGCUCAGGUUCAGAUUGAAGGCGAUUUCCUGGCAUGUUCCUUCUCCAUACUCGAAGAACAGCCAAUGGACAUGCUUCUGGGACUGGACAUGCUUAAACGACAUCAGUGUUCGAUUGACUUGAAGAAAAAUGUACUGGUGAUCGGCACUACAGGCUCACAGACCACCUUCCUUCCUGAGGGGGAGCUACCAGAGUGUGCCCGCUUGGCAUAUGGAACUGGGCGAGAGGACAUACGGCCAGAGGAGAUUGCAGACCAAGAAUUAGCAGAAGCCAUUCAAAAAUCAGCAGAGGAUGCAGAGAAAAGCAGUAAAGAAUCUACCUCACUGGGAAUGUCAUCAUUGCUGACUUCAGAUGGGUUCAACCAUCCAGCCCCUUCUUCAGGGCAGAGUCCUGAGGUUGGUAGCCCCACGAGUCUUGCUCGCUCUGUCUCUGCUUCAGUUUGCGCCAUCAAGCCCAGUGACCCCAAUAGCAUUGAACCUAUAGCUAUGGAGGCUGUGAAGACUUCGGCUGAAUUCCAGACAAACUCUCCGAAAACAGAUCCUCCUCCUCUCCAGGGCCUUCCUGAUCUCUCUUCCCCACCAGACCAGAAUCCAGCUAUGCCUUUGCAUAAUUCAUCCGAAGAAGCAUUUGUUGCAGAUAAUCCAGAGAAGUUUGCUGUUGGAGGAACCCAGGGCCUCAGAGUUUAUCUCCACACCAGACAGGACACUAGUUUAUCUCUCACAACUACUGGGGUGUAUGAGCCACAGGGAUUUGUGGAAGAAAAGAGUUGGCAUCCAGAAAAUCAGAACCCAGGUCAAGUGAAUGGCCCUCAGCAGCCCAGAGAACCACACAGAGGGAACGGUCAGCAGAGUGCCCCACAUGACCAACAAUGUCCCUGUGACACAAAAAAUCAACAGGACCAAGAAAACAUUGUCAGUUUGGAAGCUGUGAUGAAAGGAGUUGAACUACAGACAAAUGCUCAUCUUCCAGAUACAGAGAAAAGUCUUGUAGCUUCAGGGCACUAUAGCUGCUCCUGCCCAGAAACCCUGAUGGACGUGGAUACAAUUGAACGGUCUCUGACUGCCGUGUGCAGCUUCAUGGGCGGGCAGGAUGCCAGCAUCAGGAGCCCUGGUGCACCACAUCUCACUUCCGAUAAUCCCACGAUGGAAGUGGAAGCAGUACACUGCAGCCCCUCACCUGAGAGCAUGGAACAUUCCGUCUCGGCUUGGGGUUUGCAGCCCCCAGAAGAUAAUGUUGAAGUGUCUGCGAUGGAUAGCCAAGAAAGCAGCGCUUCCUCUUCCCCUCUGAGUGACCACGGUCAGCCCUCUGUGGAGGCAGCCGAAGAAUUUUGUUCAUCUGUCACAGUGGCCUUGAAAGAACUGCAUCAUCUUUUGGUCAUUAGCUGUAAGCCAGCUUCAGAAAAUGCACCUGAAGAUGCUAACUGUCGGUCAGAGAUGCAAGCUGAGAGCCAAACAGGUACUUUGGACCUUUCCCGAAGGGGGGCCCAGAGUGAGAAUUCGACCCCUAGUGACCAGUAUCCACAAGUCUCCUGUCACCAGGCCACCUCUGAAUCAGAGAAGACAGAAAUCAUAGCCACCACACCUUGUCUUGGCAUAGAGCAUGAAGCGUACACUAGCUUCAGGGGUCUGGGUGAUGGCUUGUCACCUGGCAAAGAAGGUGUCCCCAGACCAAGGGAGUCAGUCAGGAAGAGCUGUUCUGUCGCCAUAACCUCAACUAAACCAUCUGAUCAGCCACAUUGCACCUCAGAUGUGAAAAUUUCACCCACAUUUGCAGCAGGUGAGGAGGGUACCCCCAGUCAGCCUUCCGAGCAUGUGCAGAACCCAGGCACAGACGGGCCGGAGACCAGCAGUGUUUGCCCUGGAGCUGCGCCGCCCUCCCAUGGAUUGGACCCACCUGCCACACAGCCCUUGUCUUCUCUUCCACCCUUCAUCUUUCCCACUGCAGAUGUUAACCGGAUUCUCCGUGCCGGCUUUACUCUGCAGGAAGCCCUUGGGGCUUUGCAUCGAGUUGGUGGGAAUGCAGACCUCGCACUUCUUGUUUUGCUAGCAAAGAACAUUGUAGUCCCUACGUAAUUGUGGGAAAGCGGCUAGACCGUACCCCAUUCCCUCUGUGAAAGCUCUCUCCACACAGACACACUCACCACAUACAUACACAGUAUAUGUAGAAACCAACCUGCAAGCAAAAUGUUGAGCCAGAUUUUUUUUUUCCCGGCCAAAGUAAUUUAUGAUCUUUUGUCUGAUGAAUUUGUCUUUUUACUUGUUUAAAAUUUGGGCCUUUUAAAAUGUCUUGGCAGUAUGUGCAUACAAAAGCUUUUUAUUCUCAUUAAGAUGAUGUAUUCUGUAAUAAAACAGAUGGUUUUGUGUAUAGCAUACCAUUUUAGAUGAGUGAAUGCUUUGAAAGCAGGAGCCACACGAACCCUGCCACCCAUGCAGCUAGGAACAGGCCAGCCACUCCUGGCUCUGGCUGUGCUGUGUGCAGAAUGUGGCUUGUAACAGGAAGCUGGAGAAGAAUUCCAUAACUCCUGGAGUUGUAUGUUUUGGUUUGUGUGCUCAGGGUUGACAUUUAAAUAGGGUGAGCGGGAGGGCUUAGAACUGGGCUGUCUUGUGCUUCAUAGACUGCUGCGUGGAUUGAUUGCCAGACACCUUUAUGACGGUGGGUGGGGCGUGGGGGUUCACAUUAGAAUGAAACAUGGUGCUACUUGUAUUAAAAAAGGGAAGGAGGAAAACUGAUCAUAAUUCCAUUUGCAAAUGUCAAGGACUGUGAGUAAGAGAUAAAACACUGGAAUGUACUAGAUAUAGGACUUGGGGCAUCUCACUGACACCCCCCAGGCCUCAGUGGCCAAUGGUCAGCUGCCAGGAGCCUAGCUUCUGAAACACACCUGCUGGGAAGGUCUUCCCAUGCUCACUCUGAGCUGAGCAAGACUGAGUUAGAACCUUCGUCCCUGGUCCUCUUGCUGCUUAGACUGGUCAUUCUGUGAGUGUCCUUUAUGGCAGUGGGUACAACCGAAGUUCUGACGAUGGUGGCCUUGGUACAGUUCCCAUCCCUUUCUUUCCUCAGGAGUUUCUUUUCUAAGCAGGAUCCAUGUUUGUGUUCACCAUGUUGAGUUAGAGUGGGGCGGAACGCGGAGAUGCGUUUACCGUGGCCUUUUUAGUGUUAAGUUCUCGCCUUGUAGGUCGUCCUGUGGGCCCCACUGUGCAAUAAUCCCUCUGGACAGGGCUGAAGGCAUCCUUUCCUGGAACAUAAACUGUUGUCUCAGAUGUCUGGCAGGAAUCUGGAAUCUUGCUUUUCUCGAAAAGGAUCUUGAGGAUAACUCCUGGUUCCUAGUGAGAGUUUGGAAUCGGUUUCUGGACUUAGCACUGACUGAUUUGUGUCUAAAGUCCACCUCUCUCUUCUCCUCUCUCUCUCAAGCUUGUUCUUUCCAUCAGAAUUGAAGUCAUUGAGCACAGAUGGGUUCAUAUCUCAGGAGUUGGUGAAACUUUAGGGCACUUACAGGGGUCUGUUCUCCGGUCCAUUUCUUUCUGCCACGCUGCUUGUGCGCCGAGACUCACUCCAGCGACACGAUGGCAGGUCACACAGUAUCACGACCCUUUCUGGAGUUUGGAAAUGGUUGCUGGAUGGCCUUGUGGUUUCCUUUCUCCAUUAGGCGCUCAGAACAUCAGGCUAGCCGAGAAGUUCUUUGUUUCAGACAAGCACAGCGUGUCCGCCCUUUGCUUGUCGCACCAAAGAUAAGUGUGUGACACCGGGAACCUGCUCCCAGGAGGCUCUUGCCCGGCGUAGAGUUGUGGCUAAAAGAUCAAGUAGUAGCACACUGAGACCUGGUGUUUGCUUUGGGGGGGUGGAGGUAUAUUUUAGGGUUACAAAUCUUUGGGGCCACAGGGUGGGGUUUGUAGAGAAGGUACUGAUGACAGACAGCCACUACUGCCCCCCACCCGCACCCCAGAAGGCCUGAACAGAGGAACUGGCGUGCAAGACCAGUGGUUUGGCCACUGAUUUUUUAAAACGGAUGAUGGGAGAGAGCCCUAGGCGGUGUCAGAUACCGGUCUGGAGAAGAUUUCACUACAGUAGUUUUUAAUGACUCUACAUGUAUGUUCAUUUUUAGAAGCAAGCUGAUAGACUAGAUGGUCCUUCAGAAUCCUUGGACGAAGCUUAGCUCACUCACCAAAUACUUCGUUCCUUUAGGUCAUUACUUUCUUUUCAGCAUAGUUACUUUUGAGUUUUAAACUCUUGUCAAGAAUAAAUAAAAGACCAGGCAUGCUGGCGUAUACCUUUAACCCCAGGAAGCAGGCAGAUCUCUGCGAAUUCAAGGCCACCCAGAGCUACAUUAGUGAAAUCCUGUCUAAAAACAGAAGGGGGGGGGGAUCUUUUGUCUGACAUUAGUAGAAAAGUAAAGUUAGGAAUUGACUGACUUAGUUCAAUUGAGCAGUCAUAGAACAGGGGCCAUGAAAGGAUGUGACCCCAGUGGACCUUCAUUGUCAGAUUUCACUCAGCUGACUCCCCAGGGUUAGACCCCAUCAUCAUCGUGCAUCCUGGUGUCGAGAGUGUCGGACUACAGCCAUAGCCACAAGGGGCAACUCCUUUACCAAACAUCGUCGGCACUUACCUCCAGUUCUGAUCUCCAUUUAUGCACCAAAGAGGAUUUUCUUGUAAGACUUGUGCUGAAGCUGGUGUGCAGAAGGGGCUUGGUAGCCAGACAGCACAGCUGCAGCUGGAGCUUUGGCCCUUCGAAUGUGCUAGUUCAGGCCUUUAGACCGCCGUAAGCCUUCAUCCCACAGUUUGGGCUCCAGGUUGGUAGGUGACGGGAAGACCAGUUGUUUGGCACGGAAGCUUGAGUCGGUGGUGAAGAUCCCAGCCCCUCUGACUGCGGUGUCUACCCAAAGCAUUUCUCUGGCAAGAGGAAUGAUUUCAUAACCAGCUUGUGUAGCGUCUGCCUGUUCGUCCCUCUCUACAGCUUUCUGUCUUUAGCGAAAGCCAUAAGAAUUUGUUUCAACUUUUCAGCUCAUGUCUAUAAAUAAAUAUGUAAGCUAUCAUAUAGAAGGUGAUUGACAAAUAUUUUGCGUAGGUUGAAAAGCAGCUUCUGUGUCUACAGAUGCCUGCACAUCUGGCGGCUUUUCUUCCUACCGUGUAUAUAGUAAACUGCCUUGCAAAUAGCUAUGCAGGAGAGUCAAGGCAAAUCUCCCUUCCUUGUUGUAUGUUUUUUGUUGUUGUUCUUUUGGUUUUUUUUUUUUUUUUUUUUUUUGAGAUAGGAUCUUGCCAUAGCCCAGGCUGGCCUCAAACUCAUGGCAGUUCUUCUGCCUCAGCCUCUAGAAUGCUGGAAUUAUAGGCUCACACCACCAUGCCCAAUUCACUCAGUGCAUUCUGAUUGCUACCUGUGAUGAGCGUGACCAAUGUGGCUGAACUGGCUAGCAGUUCAUUAGCAGUGCUGCGGGGCUUACUGGGAGAACUCCUGCAUAGCAUGUGAGGUCCAGGUUUGAUCCUUACUACCAAAAUAGAAAAAUAAAAGCUGAUGUUGGUGAUGCAGGAGCCUGUGGCUCUCUAGAAAGACAAAGGUCACCAUGUACUUCCCUCCUGGAGAAUGAAGUUUUGUGUUUCCUGGGAAUGAAUUCCUCUUUGACAGUCCCUGAGGGCUGGCACUGAGUGAGCUCCUGUGCUUGCGUCCCCUAAUCCCCUGACUGUUGGCAGAGCCGCAGGAGGGACUUGGUGAGCCUUGGAUGCACCUGCUUUUCUUUUGUGCCUUAAUUGUUUUUGACUAGCAGAAGCAUCACAUCUUGGGAGUAUCAGGGAGAAGUCAGAGGGGCAGCUCUCCAGGAGAGGGCUGGCCACAGGGUGUGGUCUCUGGCUUGUUGCCACUUUGAUUCAUUCUUACCCUGCAUCAAAUAUUAGGUCUCCCCAGAUAGGAGUUUCUGCAUCCUGUAUACCAAAAAUGGUUUCUCCGUGUUUCAGAGGUUUUCUGUUAUGUAUUUUGUGCUUUUAAGAGAAAUCAAAUCUUACUACAUUCUAGAUAAGAAGUCAGUUCCUCCUAUCAGGCUGUGCAGUAUGGGCAAGAGCCCAUUGAUCAUCAAACAUUGAGUAGCCCUGAAGCCUGGGAGCUCAGCAGCACCUGACCCAGACUGGAGCCUGGCCUUAGAAGCCUUCAGUCUAGGAGAGACAUGAGGCAAGGUUCAACUAAGAUCUGUUUUUACCUAUUGGCAUGCUUUUGUUUUCGAGAAGAGAUUUAAUGUAGCUCAGGUUGACCUUGAACUAGUAAUCCUCAAGUAGAUGGGAUUAAGAGGUUAUAGGCACAUUUUAUAAUGUCUGGGUAGCCUGCUUUCAUUUUUAAAUAUACUUGGUUGUAAUUUAGAACUGACUGGGAAAAAAAUCAAGGCCACAAUGGAAUCGGAUGCUGUAAACCUAGAGUUAUAUUUUAAAUGUUUAGUUUUGUUUGUUUUGUUUAAACAAUUAGGGGCUGGAUGCGGUGACACACACCUUUAAGCUGUAAAUGCAAGGCCAGUCAGGGCUAUGUGGAGAAACUGUCUCAAAAUGAGUGAAAAUAAAAAAUGGUUUGGGGAUGUGGGGGAAUGUAGCCCAUUGGUGAUGGGUAGAGCGCUUGCCGAACUGCCGGAAGCCUCAGUCCAGCCUAGACACUGCGUGCCCCGGGUGCGGCAUGUGCAGGUAACCCCAGCCUGGAGAAGUAGAGGCGAGAGGAUCAGAAGUUCAAGGUCAUUCUUGGCUACAUCUUGAGUUUCAGCUUUGGUUACACGAAACCUUGUCUCCAAAAAGUGGGGGGAGGGUUUUGGUAGAACACUUGCCUGGCAUGUGCAAGGCCCUGGGUGUGACCCCCACCCCAGCAUUGCAAAGAAAAAAUAGUUUUAACUGAAAAUUUAGUAGAAAUAACUGAAAAGAUGCUGAGGGAUCAAUGUGUAACAUGCUGUUGACCAGAAAGGAGCAGGCAGGAGAGGAAUCAAUUACCUUUCCUUCCCUGAGUAUGGAUGCCACACUGAUUCGGGUGGGUGUGUGGCAUCCUCCACCCUCUGGUGAGCAUGGCACGACCAUCUGGGAGAGCAGAGCUCGGCAGAGGCCUCUGCGGUGUGCUAUUUAAGGCGGCCGAGUGCAGUGUGGAACUGGAAACGCGGAGAAGAGUAGUUGGCGACGGGUGGGAUGGCAGGCAGCACUGCUUGGCAAGACAUUCUCCAGCCCUCUGAGAUAGCCCAGCGUGUGCAUUCCUGAAGCGUAGGAGAGUCGAGUGUUAGUGAUUGUUAGGAAAUACACUCAAAAGUUAACCAGUAAUUAAGACUGGGGCACUGGCGAGGAGGGGCUGUGUGAAGUGUGGUGGGGGGCUGCCAAGUUUUAGGACACUAUCUAGGGAAAUUACCAAGAAAAUAGCUCAAGAACAUAGGAGUUUCUUUACCUACAAAGUUUGAACCACAGAUCAGGAGUUGGCAUGGAGUGCAAGAUCAGAUUGCUUCUUACAGAGCCGUGCUAAGUAAGCAACCUGAGACGGUUUUGAGUGGCUAAUUUGGGUAAGGGGCAUUUUCCCUGGGCCUAUUCAGGUGAUGGGAAGUGAUCGUACUUAGAAUUUGGUAGCCCACAACCUGCAGACUUAAAUAAGAGUAGAUCUGUAUUCUCUCGUGAGCCAGCCAGAUCUGUGUUUACAGGCUCCUUGACUGGACCGUAGAGCCUGGGAGACACGUGGGCUCGCACCAUUUCACCCCAGCGCUUGCGCGUGUUCUUCCUUGCCCUGCACACCUUUAGUUCUGGCAACAGACACCAGGGGAAUCCUUUGUGUAAAUCGAGUCUGCUCUGCACACACCUGAGAGUAGUUGUGCAUUUGUAUCUGGAUCUCUUCAUGGUGAGUUGGGUAGUGGCUUCAACACCUAGCAGAGCCUUGUUGAGUGGUUUCCUGCCCCACUUGGCAGGCCGUGACUUGGAAGCCUGCUUUGCAUCUUGUGCCUGUGUGUCCCAAGGUGUCCUGGCUUUUCUUGAAGCGAGGCUGGUUGGCCCAAUCUGCUUACCAGUGGUCCAGUCACAUCGCAUGCUUUGAGAGGGGAAACAGAAUUUAUGGGAACUGUACUCAGUCAUCCCUGAGCUGGUCUCGUGCCACUGCUUAGGACCUGUCUGCAGCUGAACGCACUAGAUGCCUUUGAGUUUGAUUUUCUUUUCUUUUUAUUGGUCACACUUUGAAAUACAAGUCAGCCCUGAAUAAUCCAAACACUUUAUUUUAUUUUUCUUUAAUAGGAAUUUUCUGAAGAAAACGUGAUGUGUAAAACCUUUGAUAUUUAAGAUAAUAAAGUUUUUAUCAUAAGAAA